CAGACUUGAUUGGUGGAGCCUUGCAGGGUUGAGGAGGAGGCGGAAUCAGCCGGAGCCAAACUUUUCUGGUUCAUACCAACAUGAUAAGGCCAUAUAUUCUGUUGUUAUGUUAGUCAAGACACUAGUGGGGAGUGCCUGCACUCUAGUAGGAGCGGCGACUGCAUUCAAAUUUGCACCUGUAGAAGUCCAGGCCCAGGCAGCUGCUCUUCUUCACACCGCAGCCAGGAAGCCUCCGGUGGGACGUGCCAACAUGAGGGUUGAACUGCUCCCGGCGCUCAGCGACAACUACAUGUACCUCCUGAUUGACGCAGACACGAAGGAAGCAGCCGUGGUUGACCCCGUGGAGCCGAUCAAGGUUGUGGAAGCUGUAAGAAAACAUGGUGUAAAACUCACAACAAUUCUAACCACACAUCAUCACUGGGAUCAUGCUAGUGGAAACGAGAAGAUGGUAAAGCUAAUGCCAGGGCUGAAGGUCUACGGAGGAGAUGACAGAGUCGAUGCUUUGACAAAGAAAGUUUCUCAUUCCCACCAUUUCAAACUUGGAUCACUUAGCGUCAAAUGUCUGUUUACUCCAUGUCACACAACUGGACACAUCUGCUACUUUGUAACAAAAGAAGACAGCAUUGAGCCACCAGCUGUUUUCACAGGCGACACACUGUUUGUGGCUGGUUGUGGUAAAUUCUUUGAGGGUACGGCAGAGCAGAUGUACAAAGCUUUGAUAGAAAUUCUAGGACGCCUUCCUCCUGAAACACGUGUUUAUUGUGGUCAUGAAUACACCGUCAGCAAUUUGAAGUUCGCUCGUCAUGUGGAACCGGACAAUGAAGUAAUUCAGAAGAAACUAGCAUGGGCAAAGGAGAAGUGUAGCAACGGUGAACCCACAAUUCCAUCCACUUUGGAAGAUGAAUUCACAUAUAACCCCUUUAUGAGAGUAAAAGAGAAGUCCGUCCAGGAUCACGUAAAGCAGACAGACCCAAUUGAAACAAUGAGGAGCCUCCGGAAAGAGAAGGAUGGUUUCCGAGUGCCAAAGGAGUGACGCCUCGUUUACUUGUGCUGUCUGUUUCUAACCAACCACUUACAACAUUGUAAGCUGUCAGUACUCUAUAUAUAAAUUUCUCAUUUACCUGUGAUUUUAAAUAAAGCUAAAUUUUCUCUGUCAGGGCACAGAUGUAAUAUCGCUAUGUCAAGCCCUAAUAUGGCUAUAAACUAAUCCAUUGUUUUAGUUGAAUUUGUGUGUUUUUCUGAUGUUGGUGUGACAGUUUUAAGGUAUAAAUGGCCAUUAAUUUAAUGCUUUAAAUGAGCGAUAGGUUUAUUAAUCUGUAAAUUUGAAAUUAUAGAGUCCACUUAGUUUUAUGCCACAUUACUUUCAUAACUACCGUUUCAUCCAAGAGCCACUAAAUAACAAAUGUUAAAAUAUGUGUAAAAUUCUGUAAAUUGAUAAAAUGAUUUAUUUGUCUUUAAAGCUUUGUAUUAAUGUUUAAUUCUUUUCUGGAAAGAUUCAUCAUGUCUUUCUUUUAACAUUUGCUUGCACAUGAUUAUCUACUGACUUUCCAGUAUUAAUUGGUACUUAGUGCGAUUUUGCAUGUAAAACACAAUCCUGCGAAGAAUGGUGCAUUGUGUUCUUUGGGAAAAGCAAUAAAACACAUCUCUUGUA